AUGCCUAAGCCGGAGACGCCUUUGCCUGGUGUACGAACUAUUAGGCCUCCAGCACCCAGAUCAUUUGCCAAAGCUGCAGAAAGGGAGCUAGUGUCUAAGAAACCGACGAGUAGGACGCAGUCACAACCACGACCAAGUGCUGAGAGUAAGUCAGAUCACCAGAGUAUGAGAACGAAGGAAACGAAAUCGUACUGGGCACAUGAUAGUGAAAGCAUUCCGAAUAAGAACCUCACUGAGCAGUUAGUUCGCAUUAUUCUAUGUAAUUCUAGCAAAAUCGGCUCGUUCACUAGUCACAAGCCACAAGGGGGUAAUGUGCAGAUUUUCUCCGAAAACCGAACCUACAACGUCCAGUCGAAGAUUGGUUCGCUAAAUAACGUCUCCCACACUCCAGGCGGUGGAAAUGUAAGAAUUCCGAACAUGAAGUUGGAUUUCAAAGAAAAAGCGACGCCGAGGGUCGACGCAAAAUCGGAUUAUGUGCCUUCGAUUCCAGAAAAGAAGGCAAUCAGUCAGAAGUUGAAUUGGGCGGCUCGAUCAAAGAUCGGCUCUCUGGAUAAUGUGAAGCAUAAACCGGCCGGUGGUAACGUACAGUAUUGUUUCGUCGUUGCUGUUCUCAACAGCUUUUCUGCCGCUCGCCUUCAGAUUCUCGAUCAGAAACUCCAGUGGCAUGCCACCAGCAAAGUCGGUUCCAGAGAUAAUAUAGGUCACAAACCCGGAGGUGGAAACGUACAGGUCAUCUGCGAUUGCGAUUGA